CGCUGAUGUAGUUCGCAUUCCUAGUAUUUCUAAGAAUGGCUGAGCGAAAGGACAUUUGGCAAAGCCGAUAUUACGCGAUUCCUAGAUUAUACAUGACCUUAGCAGGACUAUGGCCAUACUAUUCGAUUCGCGAUAGAUAUCUGCACUUUGUACCAACGUUCAUAAUCUGUUCGAUCAUCCUUAUACCCAUGUUACUCUAUGUGCAAAUUGCCAUGACGGAUCUCAAUGAUCUGUUCGAGUGUAUGCCAACAAUUCUAAUCACGAUAAUAUUCAGUUUUAAAUUAGCGAGCUUAAUGGCAAACAGCGAGAAAAUAAAGACCUGUCUCAAGACUAUAGAGGAUGAUUGGUGGUCAUUAAAUACGGAUAGCGAGAAGGCUAUUCUACAACGGCAUACUACAUACGGACAAUAUUUGACGAUAUUUUACGCAGCCUUUAUGAUGAUGACGGGAGUGCUCUACAUGUUCAAGUCACUCGUGUUGAUAAUGAUAGAGGAGGAUACUUCAAAUUCUACCAGACUGGCCGUAACGAAACUACCCUUUCGCGUAGAAUACGGCUACAAAAUAGAUCAGUAUUUCUAUCUGAUACUUGUUCACUGUUAUCUAACUGUUUACUCUCACGUGACCGCCACGGUCGCCGCUGAUACCUUCUACUUCAUUUUGAUUCAACACGCCUGCGGGAUGUUCUCGGUUGUCGGACACAUGCUAGAACGUAUUGGUGAGGAUAUUAAUAUAAAUUUUAAUUCGAAACCCAACAAAAAGAACGACGAUAAUUACAUCAAAGUUUUUAAUUGCUUACGCAAGCAUCUACAUGUAAUAGAAUUCGCGGAAUUGAUCGAGUCCACGUUUACAAAAAUUUUCCUGGUCAGCAUUAGUUUAAAUAUGAUUGGUGGCAGUAUAUGCGGUAUUCAAGUUUUGAUGAAUUUAAACGACGCAAAAGAUAUAAUAGCACCUCUCGCUAUUUAUGUUGCUCAACUCACCCAUCUUUUCUUCCAAUUUUGGCAGGCCCAGUUUUUAUUGGAUUACAGCGUUACUCCAUACGAAUCGAUUUGCAGGGCAAAUUGGUAUUACACGUCAGAGAGAUGUAAAAAGCUAUUGCUUCUAAUCAUGAAUAGAACUGUAUCACCGUGCAGAAUAACUGCUGGCAAAGUGGCGACUCUAUCCAUUGAAAGUUUCGGCGUGUUGAAGACCUGUCUUAAAAUGAUGGAUGAUGAUUGGUUGUCGUUAAGUACGGAUGCAGAAAGAACUAUUCUUCAGCGGCACACCACGUAUGGGCGGUAUAUUACGCUAACCUAUGGAGUCUUCAUGCAGUGCGUGGGAAUUCUUCUCAUAUUGAAAUCCCUCGUUGUGAUACUGCUGGAGGACACUUCGGAUGCGACGGUGUCCACCCUAGUGGCGGAAGCGAAACUACCCCUCCGCGUGGAAUACGGGGAAACGUUGGACCGGUACUUGUUUCCGAUGGCGGUGCACAUUUAUCUAGCUGUCUUCUCCCACAUCAGCAUCACCAUCGCGGUUGACUGCUGCUACAUCGCUCUGAUUCGGCACGCAUGUGGGAUGUUCGCGAUCGUUGGACACACGUUGGAACACAUCGGCAAAGACAGCGACGGCAAUUUCGAUCUGAAACCCGACAAGAUAAGAGAUGACAAUUAUAACAGAGCUCUGAAUUGCCUGCGCAGGCAUCUGCAUGUGAUACAAUUCGCGGAAUUAAUCGAAUCUACGUUUACAAAUAUAUUCCUGGUCAGCGUUUGUCUGAACAUGGUCGGCGGCAGUAUGAUCGGUAUACAGGUGAUCUUGAACUUGAAUGACGCGAAGGAUAUCGUAGAACCCUUCGCUAUCUAUAUCGCUCAACUCAUUCAUCUUUUCCUACAGUUCUGGCCAGCCCAAUUUCUGAUAGAUUAUAGUACCCUUCCUUACGAAUCAAUUUGCAGAUCAAAUUGGUAUUACACUUCGGGAAGAUGUCGAAAACUUCUUUUCUUAAUCAUGAAUAGAAGCGUGUUACCAUGCAAAAUAACUGCUGGCAAGAUCGUGCCUUUGACUAUUGAAAAUUUUGGCAGGGUAAAGACUUCCUUAAACAUGAUACAAACGGACUGGAUGUCAUUAAAUACAGAUGUAGAAAAAAUUAUUCUGGAACAACAUACUAAAUAUGGGCAGUAUCUGGCGACAUUUUAUGCAGUGUUUAUGCAUACAACAGCAUGCCUUUUCGUACUUAAACCAGUUAUGCUAACCUUGCUCGAAGACAAUAUCUUCAAUGUAACAAAAUCUUCCGUUCCAUAUGCAUCGAGAUUACCUUUUCGCGUGGAAUAUGGCAAGAGAUUUAAUCAAUACAUGUAUCCAAUAGCGGUACAUUGUUACAUGGCCGUGUUUGCUCACUCCUUUGCCACAAUUGCAGUCGAUGGCUUGUACUAUACUUUGAUCCAGCAUGUUUGUGGAAUGUUCUCAAUUAUCGGAAAUGUACUAGAAAACAUUGGCAAAAAUAAUGAAGACAACUUUAAUGCAAAACCGGGCAAAAUAAAAGACGAUGAUUAUAACAAAACUUUGCACUGUUUACGUAGACAUCUUCUCGUGAUUGAACUUACGGAACACAUUGAAUCUUUAUAUACAAAAAUAUUUUUGGUGAAUCUUAAUUUAAAUAUGGUCGGUGGCAGUUUAGCCGGUAUACAAGUGUUGAUGAAUUUAAACAAAGGUGCAAGUGACAUUGCCGGUCCUGUUACUAUUUAUAUUGCACAAUUAAUUCAUUUGUUUCUUCAUUUCUGGCAAGCCCAAUUUCUACUGGACUACAGCAUCCUUCCGUACGAAUCUAUCUGCAAAGCAAAUUGGUAUUACACGUCGCAAAGAUGUCGAAAACUCCUUCUUCUAAUGCUGUACAGAAUGAUAACGCCAUGCAAAAUAACGGCUGGCAAAAUAGUGAUUCUAUCAAUCGAUACCUUCGCCACGGUUGUGAAAACUUCUCUGUCUUAUCUCACUGUAUUUCGUUCCUUCCAGUGAUAAUUUAGUGCAGCUAAGUAUUCACUGAAAACAAUUUAAAUUAAUACACGUCUGUUUAAUAGAUAUGUAAUAGAAAUUCAAUGUAUUAUUAGUAACUUGAAUUUUCGAUUUCAUAUACCAAUUUCGAUACGUUACGCUUGCUUCUGCGCAUUUAUGUUGCAUAUUUGAGCAAAUACCUAUCUGUUCGAAUAUUUUUAUGCUAAUUGUAAACAAAUUUUUAGAUAAAAUAUAGAUAAAUUUAGGUAAAUUGUGGAUGAAUUUUAUAUGGUAGAAAAAAACAAAACAAUUUAACGAUCUAUUUAUUAUAAAUUAUACGCAAUAAAAAUGGAUGAAA